AGCGCGCCCGCUUGCCUCCUUUCGCCGCUGACCGCUGUCUUACUGCGUGCAUGGAGGAAGGGUAACGUGAUCCAUCGUGCUCGACGCCCGCCGCUCAUGGAUUUGGAAGGCGAGCGGCCCGCGGUCCUGCACGACGCGCUCGAGUCGCUGGAGCGAGCGUCUAGAACGCCGGCGAAGCAGAGAGCGUCGAAAGUGUCAGCCGUCGUCGAUGCCAUUUGCCGCCAUGCGUUCGACAAAGGGCUCGACGAGGACUCUCUGCGAACCGUGGUACAGAUCGCCUCGCGGAAGACGGAACUGGACCAGACGAGUGUAACCACGCUCGUCAAGAACCUCUAUCCCGCCCAGCGCGUACCCGCAGACGUCGUGGUCACUGUCGUGAGCGGACUCGGCCAAGGCAAAGGCAAGCCUUCGCCUGGCUCCCAAAACGGCCUCGUCAAGUGGCUUACCAUCGUCCACGAGAUCAUCGAUGACCCCAAUGUAUUGCCUCGCCUGUACGGCGUGCUAUUUGGGAUGCUGGAUAUGAUCAGUAUCAGGACAUCUCUAUGCCAUCUGCUCUCACUCAUUACUCGCCGGAAGCAUGUGAAGCCGUUCAGGAUACAGCAGCUGCUGGAGCUCUCCCGCAGUCUUGGUAACGAGCCGGCCCUCCAAGGUCUUCUCCGCAUCUACAAGGAUUACUAUCCGGACAUCAUUCUCGGAAGCACUUCCACGAGCCGCAACUCCUUUCCUCCGCUACCCGACCCCGAGUGGCGGACUAGACUUCUAGUUAUACAGCAACGGAGCGUUGCAGCGAAUGAAGACGGCACUCAGCAACACAAUGGGUUCAAGGUUCUAAGAAAAGGACCGAAGAGGGGCAGAAUCUCGGCAAUCCCAGACGUGCAUACCUAUCAUACGAAUGAGACAUCCGUUACCCUUGAAGGGAUCGACAACGUGGAGGACUUUGUGGAGAAGCUCGACAGGAUAGAGCCGCCGGGCCAGCUGAUCUCGUUCCUCACCGAUCCGCUUCUCCAAAAAUACGUCGACCUGAAGUCUUCGCCGAUCACAUCGAGACGCAUCGAGCUAUGGCUUUCAACCUGCCUAGAGGAGCAAUAUGAGGCAGUGAAGGCAGGAACGCCAGAUCCUCUGUAUCUUUCGGAGAUUCUCAGUGGACUACUCAGGCACGCACAGUAUACGAAGAGCCUUUCACCGGUCGUGCAGGCGUUCCUCAAGGAGUACCUGCUCGUUUGGGACGGCCUGCAAGACAUCGACGCGAUCCUCGGCCUCCUUUCCUGCAUCCAGAUUCAACCGUUCCAAGAUGCAUAUGCAUCCUACCUGAGCGCCGCAGAACGAGCCGUUACGGGGCAACAUCCUGAGUGCUAUGACCAGCUUCUACGUUUCUACACCGACCUGCUUCGACAAUGGAUGAACCAAGCCUCCCCCCAACCACGCAGACCAGGUCCCGCAACCGCGACCCCCGAUCAGCGUGCCCUCCACGAUCUAGCCUCGCACGUCUCCUCGCUAUCGACUUCCCUCCUCCUCUCCCUACCAUUCAGCUCAGGGGGCUCCAACAUAACAUCGUCCAUCCUCACUUUCUACGAACUCCUUUCCACCUCUUCAGCGCCGUACCGCAUCCCCAUCGUUCUCCCUCCCAUGUCCCUCAUCUACACGCUCGCCCUCUCCCCCUCCGCAACAACCCUCUCCCGCGUCUGCGGCAUGAUCGGCGCCUACAAGACUGCUUUCAACAAACACCCAGGGCCAAUCAGGCACUUCUACCCCCAAGAAAUAGUCGACGCGAUCAACUGCUGCCUCCGCGACAUCUACAACCUGCUCUGGAUCUCGCGUGCCCUUGUCGCCUCCAAAGACGCAGAGGGAAAAGACAAAGCAUCCGGCGUUUUCUGCGACCCGGCGCUUCGAGAGGCACUCAACACCUAUCUCGGAGACAUCGACCGCGAAUACGCAAUCCAGACUGCCUUUGGCCUUUCGAACAACCCCAUGCUGGCGGCCUCAUCUGCUGCUGUAUGGAGGCAGCUCGAAGCAGUGGAGAUUGACGCCCGGGGAUACGAUAGGUCGUCGAUUAACUGGCACAAGGGCCCUGUUUCGCAGCGCUCGCUGGAUGUGCUGAGGCGGAACGGCGGGGUGGACGUCGAUUGGGAGCUUUAUCGUGUACAUGUGUUGCAGUGGCUGGAGGAGAGGGGCUGCGCCGGGCUUAAGGAGUUUAUGUUUGCUUCGUCAGAUGCGCUGAAGAAGAAGUACGGUGCGUAGGAGGGGCGUCGCGGCAUUCUGGCUCCUAGGUCGAAGUCUAGCGGCUGCUGACAAGGAUGGAAUGCGGAUUGUGCUUUGUUAUAGUUGGCUGCAAGGUUCCAUCGAGUCUUUGUUGGAUAGGUAAAGACAUCAUCCUGGGCUCUAUAAUUCAAAUCCGGUCUUGACGUAUACACAUAGAGUGUAGUCACGAAGUAGCGGUCACUCC